AUGUCUAUCUUCAAGUUCCUCGUGUGCUGCAAGAUUGCUGGCGCCGCCAACUCGGACGACACCCCUGCCAUCCGCCUUAUCACCAUCAAGAAGCUCGUUACCAAGAAGGCUGUCUCCUCUAUCCCCACUUCUACCAAACCCAUUCCUCAGUCAGUUGCCAUGCUCGACCAUGCUUCGAUCAGCAUCUACUGCCCUAUCGACUCGUUCACCAUCAACGACAACUUUGAGAAGGUCAAUCUCGCCAGUCCCAUCGUCUUCUCCGCACCACCCAGAAAGGCACGCAAGGCACUGGCCUCACCUUCUGAUGACCAGCACGAGGCUAGAUACGCACUCGCUGUCGCUGGCUCUUCCUUCGACAACGAAAAUGACUUGUCCUACGCCUCCUCGCCCUGCUCCACCACACCCUCUGUGCUCUUCGAGCAAUCCAGCCGUAUCAACUCGUUCAACACCGUUGCUUCAUCUGUCAACAACGAAGACGACGAGCAGCACAACAUUGUCUACGCUCCCACUACCGUCGCCCCUGAGGAUGAGGCCGCUCAACGUGCUAUGGAGCACCAGCGUGGUAACGUCGAGUACCAGAACCUGCAUCGCGAAGACGCCCUUGCCAUGCUGGAGGGCACCAUCCCUCAGCUCAAUGACCCUCUUGACUCUGAGCUCAUGGACACCUUGGCUGUCUUCCUGGGUCACAAACUCUAG